AUGUCGUUUCCGACGUCACGGGAGUCGGGCGCAGCGGCGGCGGCGGCGCCACCAGGUCUCGAGUGCGCCCUCCCCCGCGGAGGAGGGACGCCGAAGGCAGCUGCGGGGAAUACAGGGGCGUUGCCCUCCACGAAACAUGGGGCCAAGCCGGAACACCUGGGACUUGCGGGGGACGAGGAGCGACGACAAAAGCAGCAGGCGCAGCAAAGCGAGACUGCGGGGCCCGGCUUCCGCACGGAUGCAAAUGGGACCACAGAGAGGGACCAUGACGACGAAAUGGAGUGUUGGAUAUGUCGUUUUGGUGGAGACACUGCCCAAAAUCCUUUGAUUACGAACGUGUGCAAAUGCCGUGGGUCCGUCGGUUGGGUACACCGUGAGUGCAUUGACGCCUGGGUGCUUUCACAGCGUCGCUCUAACUGCCCAAGCUGUGGAGCAGCGUAUAAGAUUUUUGCGAUAGGUGAGGUAGAGUUACCGCAGACCUGUUUUGAACAGUUGAGCUUUCUCUUCUGGGAGCUGUUCUUGCCCUUGUGCGCCAAGGCUCUGGUGCUCUUGGUUGGUAGCACGAUAAACGGUUUCGUCGUGCCAUGGAUUAUUGGCGUCGCAUUUUAUCAUAAGUAUUUCUUUUUGGGCCAGAGUGAAGCGCCGCUGGCAUACAACGCCUCCGCAAGCACUGGCAUCAACGGUACCUCGUUGCACCCCUCUCUGGCGGAGGGCGAGAGUGAUUUAGCCUUCAGUGGUGUUUGGUUUUGGCUUAGUGUUAUGGUCUACGGCUGGACUUGGGUCUCGCUGUGGCGAUGUACGGCAUCAGUGUGGGGCAAGUGGCAGGAGUUUUUUUCUCACACAGGCUUGAUGUCGACAACGGCAACGGCAACAGCAACGGCAACGGAGGCGGAGGCGGAGGAUGAAGAAGGGGAAGAGGCGGAGGAAGAAGAUGAUGAGGACGCGGAGUUCGGCCUGGGGCCUAGCACAACGGUGGGGACGCUGCAUUGGACGUUGGACGCCGCCUUGGAGUGGACAGGCAGCUCGCGAAAGAAACUGAUCCCACGGAUGGUGGAACUCGGAGUCCUUGUGCCGGUUUCAGUUCUUCUGGGGCACACGCCUGGGCAGGCGUUGCUCAUCUUAGUCCUGGCGGCGGGUCUCGGGUUUGGUCGCUUUCUAUACCCAAGGAAGCGUAUCACCGACCCGGUCCUUCGUUUUACCGAGGCCCAAGAGUACAAGGAAGGCGCAACGGCGUUGGACAUCGCCCUAUGGUACAUUGCCUAUGUCACAGAGAUGCUGUGUUCAAUCUUGCUCUCCACCUUUGCGGGGGUUGUUGUGCACUUUGCCUUAUCCCCAUACCUGCUAACGUUUCCGGCAUCGUUAUCGGCACUUAUUGGUGAACUCUCACCGAUACGAGUUCUGGCUUAUUGGCUGAUAGGGUUCUUCUGUUGCUUGGUUUUGCUGCAGGUGGAGGCGAGCAUCCUGUUUCCCCUCUUUGCUCCGAAUGUCCAAUUAUAUUUUGCUCGAAGUGUGGACAUGGACGUGGAAGAUGAUGGCGACUACUGGAGUGUCAUCUUGGCCCAAGUCAUUGACGUCGACCCGCUUCGCAUUGUUGUGGAUUUUGUCUGCCUGUGUUGCAUUGAGUUAACCGUUUUGUAUGUGUUUUUGGCCGCCCCCCUUUACGUCAUGUUUACCGCGUAUGGGGCGCUGACGGAGAGCGGGACAAGUGGAAACCUCACGCUGCCGCUUGCCUCUGGAUUCCCUGUAGCCAUCGUGGGACCUGGAGGCGACGGGGUCGGUGCGUGGCUAGACUUCGACCUCGCCUCGGAACUGAGGCCGUUGGUGGACGAUGGCUCUGAAAGCCUGCUCUCUCUCUUGGUCUGCUUGGCGUGCUACCUCGCGCGUCUCUCGCGAGGGGUGUUUGCCUGGCUCAUGGAUAAUCCUUACUGGUUGAACUGCGCGGCAAAUGCACUGAUCGUGUUUGGCGCAGGAACGGCUAUUUUCUGCAUGAGGCGAUUCCCAAUGAAGCGCAUGCAGUUGAAGGUCCUUCGAGGAGUUGUUAUGUUUCUUGCGCGUCACGUCGUUCACCUGGAGGAUUUUCUCUUCGAUGAGCAGCACCUCUCCAUCCUUGACAGCUGGCUGCGUAGCGACGCUCAGUCCGGUCCCCACUUUCCAGAGGUGCAGCUGUCGGCGUACCUCGUGCCGCGGCAGUGCUCGCUGCCGCCAGGGUCGGCGGUGCCACGAUAUCUGAGGCUGCGUCUUCUGGUCUUCUCGUGCCUGUUCUUUGCCGCCUCCGGUGCAUUGUUUUGGGCAAUCCCCUUGGCGGUCAUGACGCCGCUCUUAAUCGUUGUGCCGUACUCGGUGCCGCUCCUAUGCGUCUCGGUCAACCUGAUCUUCCUUGUAUUCAACCCCAGGAUGUACUUUGAUGCGGCGAACGAGUUUAUGCUGCUCUGCGUCCUCUUUGUUUUUGGCGUCCUGCUGCAGCCGCUCUUCAUCUGCGCCUCGCUGUGGCAGCUCUCGCUGCCGCAGCUGGUGCUGGAGACGAUGGAGUUCGACCACAAGCUGCGGCGCAUGGUAGGCGUGUACGACGACGAGGCGGAGGACGCCGCGCACUCUUGA